AUGUUCGACCGGUUACGAAGCCAAUCAACAAGCGAUGUGGAAGUCAAUGGAGCUCAGCCCGCGGCUGGAGAAGUGGGUUUUGACCUUUAUUUAUAUUAUUCUUGCUUUAGUCGCAACGAGUCACGGAUCUCAGCUGGGAACUACGAGUCUAUUGUUUUAUUGGUUGCUUCAUCUUGUCAAUGGUUUGUAGUCUCUUGGUAAGUGAAUUCUAUGCCGUUCCGAUGGCGUAGUCAUAGUGUAAAUUUGAUUUUUACUGUGUUAGAUGUAUCAAAUAGAAAAUUCCUGAUAUUUUCAGGGAUCUCCAUUUAUUUUCGCCGGGAAGUUGACAGAGUUUGCGGUUAUGGUGUCCUUAGGAAGUAUAAUCUCAAUUGGCGGGUAAGUCUUUCAUUUUCCUUUGCAUUUUCGCAUUUUUAGGACAUUCUUCCUCUCCGGUCCACUAAAUCAACUUAAAAAGAUGUUCGAACCCACAAGAUUGGUCGCUACACUCAUAUACAUACUGAUGAUUAUCCUGACAUUGAUAACAGGUCUUUUGCUACGCAAUGGAGUCCUUGCGGUGCUCUGUAUUAUCGGGCAAUACCUUGCGAUGGGCUGGUAUUCCCUUUCUUACAUUCCGUAUGCCCGAGAGGUGCUCUGGUCUUUCUUCAACCGAUGCUUCUAG